AUCUUCCGAUUUUCAUUCGUAACAUUUUCCCGGCACACGCGAAUCGAGAAAGUGCUUGCGUCGUGACCGGCUGGCCUCAUUCCAAAUUAAAUUGUGGCCGCUCGCGCAUCGUUAAGGCUCGCAAUAUUUGACUCGCGCUUACACGUCGGAGUUUGCAAGUCAAAAUCAGAGCUUAUGCUAAUACUUCUAAUCCGUUUCGCCGCGCAAAACGCAAGGGGCUUAAGAGGCGCCCGCAACCUGUCCCACUGCAUUACAGUUGUUACUGUAUUCUUGCCGUAGUGCGUGAGGCGGCAGUUUUGCAUUCCCUACAUCGGAUAGGCAACGCGCUCCGCGUCGCCGCUUGCGAUUGGCCGAGACGCCGUUCGCGGGGUGGACUCUGGCCAAUCGGGCGCGCCGUACCAUCCGCGGUCGCUUGUGCGCGCUGGGUAAUGUGAAGGGGAGCUGUCCAAUCAUUGGAAGCCCGAUUGAGCUCGCGUUGAAAACCGGGGCGUGCAGGGACAGCCCUGCCAGCCAACUCGGGAUUGUCUUCGAGUGAUCUACUCACAAGGUUACAAAGUACACAGCGCAGCCACUUUAUACAAGUUCCAGGGCCAUGGUUCAAAUCGCCACGCGGUUGCUGCAACGGACUUGUCUCAGCCGACAGAUCAGCGUCUUUGCUCAAGUGAACAUCUCUCAAAGAACCCUCCCGAGAAAGAUGCCAGUCCACGUGUCCAGGAUAAUGCGUCCGGAUGAUGCAAACAUUGCAGGGACCGUCCAUGGCGGAACCAUCCUGCGCAUGAUAGAGGAGGCCGGCGUCAUCAUCAGCACACAGCACUGCAACAGCAAGCCGCAGCAGGCUGUGAGUGGAGAGGGGAGAGUUGUUCACAGCCUGGUUCCCACACACACUGGGAGAGGACUGCUGCUCUUCCCCAGUGCUCUUACCAGCCACCUACCACCACCACUCAGCACACGAGCUCAAACCCCCCUCGCCCAGCACGAAAACUGCGUGGCGGCGUUGGCACGUGUGGAGCGCACGGACUUCCUGUCGCCCAUCCUGAUUGGGGAGGUGGCGCACGUGGCGACGCACAUCACCUACACUUCGGACCACUCGGUGGAGGUGCAGGCGUUGGUGACGGCCGAGAAUCUGCUCAACGGCAGCAAGCGCGUGACCAACAAGGCCACGCUGUGGUACGUCCCCCUCUCCAUCAAGAGCCCGGACAAAGUGCUUCCCGUCCCGCCCAUCGAGUACGGAUGCGAUGAGGAGCGCGACGAUGGCCAGGCGAGAUACGACGCACAGAAGAGCGGGAGAGUGGAGCUCAUGGCGAAACCGGCGUUCUCCCUCACCCCUAUCAUCAGUCCCGAGUGGCGGAGCAAGGCGGAGACGCACACCGUGGGCUACAGCCAGUCCAGCCUGAUCCAUCUCGUGGGGCCUUCGGACUGUGCCAUUCACGGCUACGUGCAGGGGGGCGUGACGAUGAAGCUCAUGGACGAGGUGGCCGGCAUCGUCGCGGCGCGUCACUGCCAGACCAACAUUGUCACGGCGUCCGUGGACGCCAUCAACUUCCACCGCAAGCUGCGACUCGGCAGCAUACUGACGGUGACGGGCCGCCUGACGUUCACGAGCGCCAAGUCGAUGGAGAUCGAGGUGGGCGUGGAGGCCAACGCGCUGCUGGGGGACGGCAGCGAGGAGGAGGCCGAGGCGGAGCGCGUGUGUGCCGUCAGCGCCUACUUCACCUACGUGUCGCUCGCCAAGGACGGCAAGCCCCUCGGUGUACCGCAGCUCAAGCUGCAAACGGAGGACGAGAAGCGAUGCUUCGAGGACGGGAAGGCUCGCUACAUGCAGAACAAAGCCAGGCGCGACGCCAAGAAAGGGGGCAGCGCUUAAGGGGGGGGGGGGGGGGCGUGGCGACGUGCCGGCUGUGCCCUUGCGAGGCUGCAGGAACCUGGGUGGUUGUGUUGUUGUGCUUUAAAUAAAGUUAGGCUCCGAACACACACACACACACACGUACCAAUGGACGCUCGCACGCACGCACUCAACACACGCACCACAACACGCGAAACACGCAACACACACCACACACACUCGUAGAGAUGAACCUGAGGUGGCGGAAGGGGGGGGGAUCGCAAGGAAACCGGCACCCACCCCCUCUGCGGGCCUUGGGGGCCCGCGUCACGUGUGUGCCGCGUCACGUGUUACGUCACAUACGGGUGCCGCGUCACGUGUGGCGCGUCACGUGCGCGCCCGCGUCGAAGGUGCUGCCCAGCUCUGAGGGGUACAGCUCGGUGAGAACAUCGUGCGCGCGUGAUGUUAUGGCGAUAUGAGCAGCGUGAAGCAUCUCUCGACAACCGCAGAAUCCGUGCCGUUUAGUUUCGUCGUUAAGUGAAGUCGAUCAUCAUCCCCCCCCCCGCCGCCACCAUCAGCCCCCCCCCCCCCCCGUGUUACUGCGAGGCCUUUGUCAAUCCACUGCUGGAUGGAUUAUGUCGCGGAGGUUCGUCGCAUCGUGAUUCACCGCGCUCAUCAGUGCGGGGUCGGCGAGGUGCAAUAGCAGUGCACCGCAACAACAACAACAACAUCGACGUUGUUGCGUGCGCGCUGUGGUCUGCGUCCGCGCGCAACGUGGCGAAGCUGCGCCUGUCGCACGUUCCGGUCGCCGGCCAUUCCAGCAGUACCCCGGCCUCAACCCCCAUGUCUGACGGAAGGUUCGGUCCUGGGCAACGAUAUUGAGGGCCGUCGUGGGCUGAGUAUGAAUUAUUAACCAUACCCGAGCCGAUUAACAGAACCACUUUAGGCAGCUGCUGGCAUUGAUUGGAUUGUCGAGUUCUCCGACUGCUGUUCCCCCUCCCACCGAUCUUGGCGCCCCUCCUCCCCAGCGAGAAUUCCCCCCCCCGUGUGAAUGUCUGCACACACACACUCUCCCUCGCACUCACACACAGACUCACACACACAGACUCUCACACACACAGACUC